AAAAGGGCGGUGCGGAUUUGAAAGCCAAAACUUUGAGCAACAGUCAUUUCAAAACCCGGGAAAAUAAAGGGUUGUUCGCCUCUGGAAUUACGGGAUUUAGGGUUUUUCGGAGUGGAACCUUCAAGCCGAACAACUGCUAAAGAUCAGUUAUCAUCGUGAAGUAAGCGAGAAUCAUCAGGUUCGUUCACCAUCUGGCACCAUUUUGGAAUUGAUCUUGGUUAGGGAAAGUAGAUACUCGGGUGUCUGCAAUGGCAUCCAUAGAUGAGCCGGUAGUGAAGGCCAAUACCAGGGUUCUUCCUUCAUGGGGUUCUUCAUCUGUGUCAAGUAAUACAGGUUCCAGUGGAUCAACUAAAAAGCCCCCUCCUAAAAAAGAAUCUGCUUUGAAUACUCAAAAGCCUCAGUCUAGUAAAGUUUAUAAAAAUUCAAGAUGGUAUACAGUCAGACACGACAAUCACAAGAAAGCUUUUCUAAAUCAUGGUUCAGAUUCUGAUGAUCAGUUAUCUCAGAAAGAUGCCAAAAGAAUGCUUCCAUCAUACCUUCAGAAUCCAUCUUCUUCUAGUUCCAGGACAAGCCUUCAAAGACAUGAAAGUUAUCCUGUUCCUGCAUCAUCAAGUCAAACAAAGUUUGACUUUCACCCACAAGACAAUUACAGUUGGGCCCACACUGAUUUAGCAAUGAAAAACAACCAUGGCAGUAGGCUAUUACCACCAUCAAUGAAGCCACCUGUGUCUAUUCCUUCUACAACACAUUAUGCAGGGCAGUCUGGUCAUUCUCUCCCUGGGAUUGUUGAAGAAACAGUUGGUGAUGAGAGGCUGAUUUAUCAAGUUGCACUACGGGAUCUUUAUCAACCAACUAUUGAAGCAACUUUACCUUAUGGUCUUUUAUCUAUCCCUCUUUUCAAGCAUCAGAAAAUUGCAUUGGCGUGGAUGCUUGAUAAGGAAAACAGUGUGGCUUGUUCUGGUGGAAUUUUAGCUGAUGAUCAGGGACUUGGCAAGACUAUUUCUGUUAUUGCACUUAUACAAAUGCAGAGAUUUUCAUCAAAACCAAAGUUAGAGGAUCCUUGUGGUUCAGAAGUUGAAUCCUUGGAUUUAGAUGAUGACAAUGAUAAAGGCAUCAUGGAUGAAGACUCUGAUGAAAAGAAGUUAAUAACUAAGGUUAAGAGUUCAAGGUCAGAAGAGGAAUUUCACAGUCGGAAGCCUCAAGGAGGUUCAUUGGUGGUGUGUCCAGCAAGUGUGGUGCGACAAUGGGCUCAUGAAUUGGAUGAAAAAGUUGCAGAUGAAGCUAAACUUGAAGUUUUAAUCUAUCAUGGUUUAAACAGAACCCAUGAUCCUGAUGAACUAGCAAAAUAUGAUGUAGUUCUCACAACAUAUUCCAUUGUUGCAAAAGAGGUACCAACCAAAGCUUUUGAUGAAGAUGAUGAUGAUGAUGAAUUUGCUAAUAAGAAAAGGAAACAGUCUCAUGUUAGUAAGAAAGGAAAGAAGAAUGGAAAAAAGGGUAAAAAAGGUAAGGGGGCUCUUGCAAAAGUGAAUUGGUUUAGGGUGAUAUUAGAUGAAGCUCAAACAAUAAAAAAUUUCAGUACACAGGUAUCUAAUUCAUGCUGUGGACUUAGGGCAAAAAAGAGAUGGUGCUUAUCUGGCACACCUAUACAAAACUCAAUCGAUGAACUUUUCAGUUAUUUUAGAUUCCUAAAAUGUGAACCAUAUUCAAAUUACAAAUCUUUUUGCAACCUCAUAAAGACCCCAAUGUCCAAAAACACAAAUCAAGGUAACAAGAAACUUCAAGCUGUGUUAAAGACAAUAAUGCUUCGAAGAACAAAAGACACUUUGAUUAAUGGAAAACCUAUCAUCAACUUACCUCCAAAAACAAUAAAACUGACAGCUGUCGAUUUCUCAAAAGAGGAACGCGCUUUUUACCUCAAACUAGAAGCAGAAUCACGAUCACAAUACAAGGCAUAUCAAGCUGCUGGGACUGUGAGGCAAAAUUACGCAAAUAUCCUUCUGAUGCUUUUGCGCCUUAGGCAAGCCUGUGAUCAUCCUUUACUUGUGAAAGGAUUUAGUUCAGAAUCAAUCAGUCAAGAUUCUACAAAAGUAGCAAAGAAUCUUCCAAAAGACACACAAGUUAAGCUUUUGAAGCUUUUGGAGACUUUGAAUAUUUGUCUUUUGUGCAGUGAUCCACCUGAGGAUGCUGUUGUUACUAUAUGUGGACAUGUUUUCUGCCAUGUGUGUAUAUCUGAGUAUUUAACAGGGGAUGAAUUUGACAACACGUGCCCUUCAUUUAAUUGCAAAACUCAGAUUGGUGAUGAUGUUGUGUUUAGCAAAGCUACCUUAAGGAGCUGUGUACAUGAUGAUGGUGGUGAUGAUGAUGAUGAUGAUAAUAGAAUUGAUGAUGAGAGUUGUUUGGUUUUUGAGAAUGAUUAUGCUUCUUCCAAGAUCAAAGCGACUCUGGAGAUCAUUCAGACUCAUUGCAGUUUAUCAAAUGAUUUGCAGCAGCCGAUAAAAGCGAUUGUAUUCUCUCAGUGGACAAGAAUGUUGGAUUUGGUGGAAGCAUCGCUGAGUCAGCAUUGUAUAGAAUACAGGAGGCUUGAUGGAUCAAUGUCUCUAGUGUCAAGGGAUAUGGCAGUUAAAGAGUUCAACACUGAUCCUGAGGUGAUUGUGAUGCUGAUGUCAUUGAAAGCCGGGAAUGUUGGGCUAAACAUGGUUGCAGCAUCUCAUGUGAUUCUUUUGGAUCUUUGGUGGAAUCCGGCUACUGAAGAUCAAGCUAUUGAUCGAGCUCAUAGAAUUGGUCAAACUCGUCCUGUUACUGUUUCAAGAUUGACUAUUAAGGAUACAGUUGAGGACAGGAUUCUUGCACUCCAGGAAGAAAAGAGGAAAAUGAUUUCUUCAGCUUUUGGUGAGGAUCAAAGUGGAAGCUCAGGGCCUCGACUAACUGCACAAGAUCUUAAAUAUCUGUUUAUGGGUUCUCAUUAACUUUCUAAUUAUCUAGUUAUCUAAUAUCUACCUCCUGUCAGUGGCUGUUUAUUUUGGCCAUAAGGGAGGAGGGAGUCAUUCCCUCCGAACCCACUGCCACAUC